GUCCGUGGUGGCGGAAGCGGGUCUUGGUGGUUUUGCGUGCGGCUGCCUUGCCCGGCUCUUCGCAGCCGGUGCUCUGCCUGCAUCCCGGCGGACGGAGAUGCGGCGAUAGGCGUUUUGAAAAGGUGCGAACCUAGGAGUCCUCAGUGCAAAUUGGAGUGUGUCCUACUAAACCAAACAGACUUCAAGAGAUAAUUGUGCUCGACAUAUCAGACAGCUGCUGCAAAUAAAGUCAUAGAAGUGCAAGCAGGCAGAUGCAGGAGAUUGCCUCAUGGCCACAGCUAACCAUUGGGAUGAACAUCACUCAUCCAGCAUUGUGUAAUGUGGACCAGCUCUUUAGUGAACUUAGUGUAUGCAAGUCUUGCUGGAGUAACAUCCCUGGUGACUGAAUUCUUCUGACUCCAGAACAUAUACAGCAGUGAUGAUAGCAGUAGAGAGAGAUAUCUUCAGCAAUGUUGUCUCUUUUUUUCUUCUCUGGGAUCCCCUUGACUGAAGAGAUCGACUGUACUUGAAAACUUACAGAAAGCUUUGUCACUUCCAUACAUCUCAACAGUAUUUUACGUGAUUUUAUUUGGUUAUCGGCAUGAAGAGGAUCAAGGAGACAGUUAAAUACGAAAAUCCCAUUCUUCAAACACUAGAAAGAAGAAAAAAGCAGAAAACUGGUUUUUGUGACUCAGUGUUUGAUGAAUCUCAUUCUUACAACUUGAUUGACUGGGGAAACCUGCCAAUCCAUAUAGUUUUGCAAAUCUUUCAGUGUCUGCCUCUUGUCGAUCGUGCUCGGGCAUCUUCAGUUUGUCGGAGAUGGAAUGAAGUAUUUCAUAUCCCUGAUCUUUGGAGAAAGUUUGAAUUUGAGCUUAAUCAGCCUGCUACUUCUUAUCUGAAGUCUACUCACCCUGAUCUGAUCCAGCAGAUUAUCAAGAGACAUGCUGAUCAUUUGCAGUAUGUAAGCUUCAAGGUUGACAGUAGUACUGAGUCUGCAGAAGCAGCAUGUGACAUUCUUUCUCAACUGGUGAAUUGUUCUAUCAAGACACUUGGCUUAAUUUCAACAGCAAAGCCAAGUUUCAUGGACGUUUCUAAGGCUCAUUUUGUAUCAGCACUGACAGUAGUGUUCAUCAAUUCCAAGUCAUUAUCUUCCAUUAAGAUUGAAGACACACCAGUAGAUGAUCCAUCCUUGAAGGUCCUUGUUGCUAACAAUAGUGAUACUCUAAAAUUGCUUAAAAUGAACAGUUGCCCUCAUGUGUCACCUGCUGGAAUUCUCUGUGUUGCUGACCAGUGUCACGGCCUUAGGGAGUUAGCUCUUAAUUACUACCUACUGAGUGAUGAAUUGUUGCUGGCUCUUUCGAGUGAGAAGCAUGUUAAUCUGGAACAUCUCCGUAUAGAUGUUGUAAGUGAGAACCCUGGACAGACUGAGUUUCACACCAUCAAAAAGCAAAGUUGGGAUGCACUCAUCAAGCACUCCCCUAAAGUCAAUAUUGUGAUGUACUUCUUCCUAUAUGAGGAAGAGUUUGAUGCAUUCUUCAGGGAGGAAACUCCUGUGACUCACCUUUACUUUGGCCGUGCCGUAAGUAAAGCAAUGCUUGGCCGUAUUGGAUUGAACUGCCCAAGGCUUAUUGAAUUGGUUGUCUGUGCUAAUGGUCUUCAACCUUUGGAUGACGAGCUCAUUCGCAUUGCUGAACGUUGUAAGAAUUUGACUGCCAUGGGACUUGGUGAAUGCGAAGUUACCUGUCGAGGCUUCAUUGAGUUUGUAAAGAUGUGUGGGGGCAGACUCACACAACUGUCCAUUAUGGAGGAAGUGCUUAUUCCAGAUAGUGACUAUAACCUGGAUCAAAUUCAUUCUGAAGUCUCCAAACAUCUUGGAAGAAUGUGGUUCCCUGAUAUGAUGCCAACGUGGUAACCUGUCCAAGCCAUAGGUCUGUAAUGGUCAGACCUGGCUGUACAGGAUGUUGACUUCUAUGCAGAUAAGGAAUUCUGAAUACGAGAUGUAAUACUGAAUUAUUUUCUUCUGUACAUAUGUAUGUAGUGACGAUACCAUGCCACUUCAGAAAUGGAAUAUAGAAUGUACUGAAGUAUAUGGAUUGAAAGUAUGUGUCUUAACUAAUAAGGGUAUAGAUGAUUCUCCAAUUAAUUAUAAUAAUUUAAAAUUAUGUCUUUAAUUGUCAAGCACUUCAUCUAGCGCAAAGUACCAGAGUGCUAACAUUUCUGAUACAGUUGGCCUUCUUGGGUGUCCAGAAUUUUAAAUUCAAGUUUGUUUUUCCUCUUCCUUUAAUGAAAGCUGAUGGUAAUGUACAAACUUGUAAAAAGCAGCAGUAACACUGUUAGAACUGAGCAAAUGUACGAAUAUGUGCUACAACAGGCUAGUGAUAUAAAAAUGACCAUCAUUUCUUUUUAGCAAGUUGAAAAAUUGUUCCUAGUGAUUAAUGUAAAAAAAAAGUAUUGAAUGAUUUAGAAUUCAUAUAAAUUCUAAUUAGGAAUGAACAAUGCAAGUAACAACCAUAGUGGUUACCACCAAGGCAACUGAAAAUGGUUGUAGUUCAUGAACCAUAGCUCUCCUUGUUCAUGGCGGUACCAUUCCAGCCAAACAGCUGCAGAAAACAAGAUUUCAGAUAAUAAAAACAAUGUAUUUUACAGAUGGGCAAAAGCCAAUCUGCUAUUUUGCACAUGCAUAAAAUACACAAAAGUGCCCCAGAACCCAUGGAUACAUGCAACUGUUUACUAUGGAUAUCAAAGUCUUAUACAUAUUUACUAACUGUGGAUAUGCAACACUGUGGAUAACAACAUCCACCUAAAUAGUACAACAGCAAUUUUAUUUUUCCCAUCUUACCUGCAAUAUACCAAAUACCUGUUUGGUAAACAUAUUAGGAGAGUGAUCUUACAGUAUUACAAAACUUUACAACUGUCCAGAAUAACAGUACUGGAUUUGUUAAAUUCUAAGAAUGGAAGAAUUUAUAUCUUUCUACCCUUGCUAGAAAGUAGGUAGUAUCCACAUUACAUUACAUUAUUUUUAAGAAUAGAGAUACAUGUUUCUUUCAUAACUCAGUUCUCUUUCAUCUCAUAGAUCAGUAUUCUGCAGGAGCAGGGCUAAUGUUAAUGUAGGCUUCAAAGAAGUACUAAAAGUGGAUUUUAAAAAAUCACUGGAAAAGCUUGAUGGAUGGCUAAUCUGUUUAUAUGUAUACCUCUACUUCCAGUUUUUGUUAGCAAGCAUCUGCUGUAGAUGUCAGGAUCAGUUAGGAUUGACACAAUAAAGUAAGGAAGUGUUUCCAGGGUUGUACUGCUUGAAGUUGGCAGGUGGAAGUUUGCUGUUGUGUUUUUGUCUUGGAAAAAAAAUCUUUAAACUGAUAAGUAGCAUUCCUGGCAGGAAAAAAAAGAUAUGUUCUCUUCUUCAGUCAUAUCAUUUUUCUAUGUGCUUGGCAUAUUCAUGGAACAGCAGAUAAAUUAGCUUCUGUAGUUCAAGUUUCACAGACCAGGAAAUGUUUUAUCCCUGAUUUUCUUUAAUAUAACACAAAGACAAUAUAGGAUGAAAUACUGCUACAUUAUGCUGUAUCUACCCCUGACAUGCAUAGGUGUGUUCAGUUAGGGAUGAUGUCAAAAACUCUGCCCCUUUUCAGCCAUUUUUUGCCAGUAACUUUCUAAUAGGAAGGAAGCCGUAUAUUGCCAACGGAGUCGAUCUGUACAUGUAUUCAGUGAGCAGUAUUUUAUUUGACAAGUCUGUCCUGUUGAUUUGAACAGAAAUCACAUUCUAGACCAGAGAGAGGUGCAUUUUCUUCACUUGGUUGAAAAUGUACUUGAUUCAGAACAGACUUGAAGCUAUAAUUCUGGUAUCCUGGUUUAUAGGUUAAAUAAUUUUUCCCUCUAUAUAGGAAAAAUUAAGUGUUUGCCCUUAGUGUAAUAUUUUCAAUAGUGAUCUGCUGGCAUAAUUAGGAAGAAGUUUUUAUGUUGAGCAAAAACCUUUCUUAAAAGGUCAUCCAACUUGGUUUGUUUUCCAUCAGUAACCGUGAAAGGCACAGCAGUUUAAAUUGGAAGUUUGUAAAAGUAAGCAUUAACUUAUCCAAUAGUAUUUCACAGAAAGAGUCUUUUUUCACCAUAGUCAACAUAUAUAGUCAAGUAUAGAUCUGAGAAUUAAGAGUUCAGAAUAAAGGGGGAGAGUCUGUGUCCCCUGAUGAGCUUCUUAAAAUUAACAUCUUGGUAAUUUCCCUUACUGAAUCACUGCAAAGUUGCUGUUAAAUGAGAAACCAUGCUUGAACAAUUCUCUAAACUUCUACUAAAGGUAUCAAUAUGUAACAUUUUGCAUUAUAGAAAGAUCUAGCGAUUCUUAGUGUUUAAAACAAAAUCCAAGUAACAUUUCAACUCAUUUUUUCCACGAGAGGUUUUGUAAUAACCAAAUCAUAAUGUUGUGUAUAAAAUAAUUUCAGAAUGUUGAUGUACAUGUACAAAAAUA